AUGCAAACCAACUUUGCUUCACUUUUACUCCCUCCUUUCUCCUCACCUCCCCCAAACUACCAACCAAUUAGUUUAGUAGCAACACGUGCUAGUGAUCAGACACUGUUCUUUAAGCAGAGAGAGACAGACAAGACAAGAAAGAGUGGGUCAAUAGAGAAAGAGAGAGUAUCUUCAACCACCACCUACUUUAUUCUAAAAAGAUCCAAUCAUCAUAUAUAUAUAGCUAGCGCGAUGACUAACGAGGAGGAACAAGUAUCUAGAAUAGAAGGUGAAACUAGCGUCGUUAACCAUGCUAGCGUUACAGUGGUAUCUGGUUACAAUAAUAGUAACAACGAUAUAUAUCUUUUGAAACCAAUUCAAAGACCUCCAGAAUGUAUAACGGGAGAAGUCAACCUACUUGAAAAGUUUAACAUGUUAAAGAUACUAAGAGACUUUAACUCUAAACAUCUAUCAUCAACUUAUAAAUCUUAUGUUAGAAAUCUACCUGGUGAUAAUUAUAUUAGAAGAGAAAAGAGUCAUUCUUCUUCCUCUUCACAUCAGUCUAACAAUAUUGCUGCAAAUCAACAACAUCCAACACCUCCAACACCCAACUCAAUUACUUCACCUCCACAACAACAACAACAACAACAACCAGAUGGAUCUAUAUCAUCACCUAGUACACAAUCUAUAAAUGGAUUAAGCAAGUUGGUCGAACAAGAAAACUAUUAUGACGAUCAACAAGAACUCAUUUUACUUUCACUUGGAGAGAGCCAAUUAAAGUCGGCAUUUACUCUUCAGGAUGGUGGAUACAUUCGACCUGAUAAAGACAAAAAGAAACAUAGACAUGAUAAAAAGAAAAAGAAAAGAAAACAUCGUGAUGAUCCACAAAAUGGUUCUGGGUCUGGAGGAAUGUUUCCAGUUUCAUUAUCAACAAAUAUGAAUGCAGAUGGAAAUAUGGAACAUAAAAAGAAAAAGAAAAGAAGAGAUAGAGAUGAUAAUAUUACUGUUGAACAUUAA